AUGGAAAUUGAUGAUUGGAGUAGAAAUGAUUUUAAAGAGAUGACGAGAAUUGAGAUAAUUUUGAACAGGGUGAGAGGGUGGGAGGCAGAGGAAGUAGACAGAAUUGUUAAUGACGACAUAAUCGCCCACUUAGCAAGUGGUUGGAAUUUUGGAAAUAAUUCGAUACUUACGGAAGCUAAUCACUGCUCAAAAGAUUCGCAUAUGGGAGAGAAACUCUCGCAUACUUCUAAAAUAAACAAAUUUUGCCGUGAAAAUCUUAAUCAGUCAUUUGCAUCUAUCAAGUAUUUUGCUCCGAAAUGCGCAUAUUGA